AUGGCAUUUUUAAAUCGAAUGAUGGAUGCAUACGAAAAUGAACUUUCGCAUCAAUCUUGCCAACUGAGAUCUCAGGAGGUCGCCAAUAUACCAGAAUUCUCGUCAUUUGAACACCAGAAAGAAAACAUAUUUCCGAUGAAACAAGGUCGCAGCGCAAGUUCCUUGUCUCGAGUUUUUGCCAGUGACCCCCCCUCCCGUCAGGCAGAAUUGCAAGCUGGUCACGCGCAGUUUAAGGCUGAGCUUGAAAUGACCGACGAACUUGACGAUCCUUUCGACGUAUAUAACCGCUAUAUAAAAUGGACAAUGGAGAAUUAUCCCCAAGGGCAAACUCCUCAAUCCAAUCUACUACAAUUAUUGGAAUGCGCUUCGAAAACUUUUAUUAAAGAUACGCGUUAUAAAAACGACCCAAGAUAUUUAAAGUGUUGGCUGCAAUAUUCGAAACUUGUCGGACAAUCAAAAGAGUUGUUCAUGUUCUUGAAAGUCAAUGGUAUUGGAAUGGACUUGGCCGCUUAUUACGAGGCAUACGCUGAAUUAAUGGAAGGAUUAAAUAAGUAUAAGGAAGCAGAGGAGAUCUAUUUAAUGGGUAUAGGUCGAAAAGCACAACCUUUUGAACGUCUGACCCGUCGUUACAGACAAUUUUUGACGCGACUAAGUUCCCUCCAAGAUUCUGAACCCAGUCAUCAGCAGGUCAGCGAGAACCCACAGCGAACCAUUCUUGGUUUGAGAACCUCUUCAACCUCAACACACUCCGCGCCAAUGAACAUAUUUCAUCAGAGGAAUCCACCUCCGCAAAAUAUUAAUGGCUUGAUGUCAUCAGCUACUCAAAUGACAGAUCAGCACUCGGAAGCUGACGCAAACGGGGAAAAAUUAAUAAUAUUCUGUGACCCCGACGGCGAAAUAGGCAAUGCUGCCCUGGUGUCGGAAAAAGUGGCGUCUUGGGGAGAUUUUGGGACAGAGCUGAGCAAUAAAAAGGAAAACGCAAAAGAAGCAGAGCCAUGGAAAGGAGUUACGCUGGUUCAAGAGAAGAAAUAUCGUAUGCCGAUGAUGGAAAAGCUGGAAAUCUAUCAUGAUCAAUCCGCAGAACAAAAAGCUCCUUGUUCAGUUGUCGCGACUUCAACAAAAUCAUGUCCGAUAACUGAAAAUACAGAUGCUUCCUCGUCUGCCAUGACUUUGUCAUCUAAUUCAACCGAGAAACCGCGUUCGGCGACGGAAAAUGUGACACACUCACACAAUGUAGCUGUAAAACCACCUCCGUCGGUCACCAUAAUUAGGCAUAAAGAAGGACGGAGCGAAAAGAUAUUCGUGGACUUAAAUGUAAUUUAUGCCAAUGGUGAGGAAUACUCGUUCGAAGAGCUUAGGGCAAAAACUCGUGAAUCAAAGGUAGAGACCAAAGUUGAGCCUACAAAUGAUCGAGCAAUAGAACCUCAAAAAUCCCUAAGCAGAAAGAGCAACGAGUGUUACGAACCAACACCCAAGACGAGCCCGACAUUGUUGCAUCCAAGGAAACUUUCAAAACGACCAUCGCCCACGAUCAACACGAAGGCUGCCUUUGCUGAUAUAAUGGAGCUGUUUAAUCAGCCGCUGAAUUGUGAACACAGCGAAGACUACAAAGAAGAUGAAAACAGUCACAUGCCAAAUGAUCAAACGCCGAGACGAAAAAGGUCUGAUGUUCCAAAGACACCGCAAAACCACGGUAUCCCUCCGGCAUUUAAAGAAGAUGCCGAAAAUGUUGCACCAGUACGCGAUAAUAUUCGCAGGGUUCCAUUUGAACUGAUGACACCAAUACAGGAAACGAGUCGCGAGUACAAAUCAAAUUGUACGACGCCAUUUCGUUUGUCAGAAAGUCGCACCGUAUCGAACAUUGGAUCUCCCAAUAGCGCGGUAGGGCUUGGCGAGAUAAGGUUUAAUGCAAUUUCACCAUCGAGGCGAUCCGAAAAAACCAUAGAGGAGCACUUUAGUGCUUUGGUAUCAUUAUACCCGACGCUUUCGAAUCCCUGCAAUCCGCUGGAUUCGAAUUUAAUUGAACAGAUUCUGAACUCACUUAAACCUGCACUGGCCCAAUAUUCCGGUUUUUACGACGCCCGAGAACAAACCAUGAAUGGUCAUGGAAAAAUCGAAAAGAUCGCCCGGUGCUGGGGAAAAUCCGGUCGCCGUCGUUCAUUAAAUGCAGCAAACAUCGAAGAUUCGAUCAAACUCUUUAACGAUUCGUUCCUCGUUCGUCAGAAAGUUGGAGAAGGUGGAUUUGGCAAGAUUUAUCGUGUGUUGGAUAUGAAUACGGACGCCGCUGUUUGUAAAGAUUUACGAAGAUCUUAUGCUUUAAAACUUCAAAUGCCCCCUAGUGCUUGGGAGUUCUAUAUCAUCAGGAAAUUGCACGACCGAAUUCCCUCACCGUCGAUAGACUCUAUUAUAACGGCUCAAUCAUUGUAUUACUACAAGGACGAGAGCUACUUGCUUACAGAAUUUUGUAACCACGGAUCCAUAUUGGAUGCUGUCAACGCAGCUAAAAAAUUCAAUACAUUUAUGGACGAAAUGUUGGUAUUCUUCUUCACCGUAGAAUUACUGAAAGUAACCGAAGCGAUUCAUCAGAUUGGUAUAAUACAUGGUGACAUCAAGGCCGAUAAUUGUCUCUUAAGAUUAGAACCGACAUCCGAGUGGGACUCUAAAUACGAUCCAACGGGUGCUCACGGUUGGGCUAAAAAGGGGAUAAAAUUGAUCGAUUUUGGGCGCGCCAUCGACGUGACAAUGUUCCCGUCGGACAUGAGGUUCAUAGCCGAUUGGAAGACGGAUGAUCAAGAUUGCGUCGAAAUGCGUGAAGGCAGACCAUGGAAGUGGCAGGCAGAUUACUAUGGUCUGGCGGGAGUCAUUCAUUGCAUGUUACACAAUGAAUACAUGCAAAUAACACCCGUACGAGUCGAUGAUGAAGAAACAUUUUCGCCUGGAGCUUCGUCAAUGUCAACAAAAAAGUAUAGACCGAUACAGUCGUUUAAACGAUAUUGGCAGAGUGACCUCUGGCGAAGAUUGUUCAAUAUGUUGCUAAAUCCCACGAUGGUUCGAUCUGAUGGACGGUUACCGAUCACGCAAGAAUUAAAAGACAUUCGACUAGAAUUUGAGGAAUAUUUAGCUUUGAAUAGUAAUAAGGCGGGAAAGAAUUUAAAAGAAUUAUUGCACAAAUUGGAAAAUUCUGGCGAAAUUUAUUAA